CGUCUCGGCUACAGUUCGCAUCUUUUUGCUUGUCAUUGCGUAACUGUUUGAUGAAACGCAUCCCCUUUUUCUUCUCCGCUGAGGGAUGUUUGCAAACGGAUUCACAUUCGACAUAAGAGGAUAAUUUACGACUUUUAAACUAGCGGUGAGAAAUGCUUAUUACUUCUAUGUUAUUUGUUUCAACCGUUUAUUUUUGCAUAGCAUAAGUCUGCUGCGGUUUUUUUUUAUCUACUGCUCCGCGUGAGUCUCUGAAGCCUCGGUGUUUCCUGCGUCAUGUGUCCGCUUUUGACCAGCUAGUCGUCGGCGAUCUCAAGCGGCCUACUGUCGCUGUAGCUUCCUGCUUCUGCUAAACAACACCGAGCUGAAUGAACGAGCUUCCUUUGCCUUGUACUUAAAGUGGAAGUAAAUAAUGGCUCCUCAACCCCUCAUCCGCUCUAAACAGACGGAAAAAACAAUAAACGGAAACCCAACUCAGGUUGUCUGCACUGAGUUCAGCAACUACAUUUUUAUAGUUUUGACACAGUAUGGUAAAAUUGGGACACUUGUAUCCAUAACACCUGACACGAGGUCUGGUGAGAUCAGCCUGCCCAUGUUCAGCACCAGAGUACUGCUGGGAAAGGAUGAGACUCUUACACAUGUCUACGCCAAGAAUGUUGCAACGUUUGUCUCCCAAGAAUCAGGCAACCGACCGGUCCUGCUGGGCCUUUCACUUAAAGACAACAGCGCUGAAACUAUGAAAAACAUUAAAGAUAUGAUCAAAGCCUGCCAGGUUUGGUAAACAGGAGUUCAAACAGCACUAUUUCUGGAUGAAGACAAAUGACGUAUCUGCAAAGUUUUAACAACGUGAAUCUUGACUUGUCAGAAUGAUCUCAAGUGCAGUUGCUAUUACACACAGUUUGAAAAAGCUUGAAUUUUAAUGUUAAAAAUAAGAGUACUGUUCAAGAUCACUUCUGUUUGCCUCUGUAUAAUAGAUGUCUUUCAGAUGCCCUGAGAUUAAAAUUAUAUUUUCUUACCUUUAA